AUGAUUAGAAAUUCAAUAAAUUAUCAAUUACCAAAAUUAUCAACAAGUUUUUAUUUAACUCAAUUAUCAACUAUAAGAAAUUUAGCAACAGCAACAACUGUACCAAGUGCAAAUUCAAAAUCAAGUCAAUCACCACCAAAAAAAAUAGAUCAUAAUAAAGAUGAUAAAUUACCAGUAUCAAAUUUAGAUAUGAAAUCAUCAAAUAUAAAUCAAAAAAGAAAAAAUUUUUUAGAUAUUAAAACCAUUGUUUAUGAUAAUGCAGCGAUAGAAGUAAGAGAUGAUGAUAAAUUUUUAACAAAACCAGCUUAUCCUCAUGUUGGGUUUACAGAAGCAGGAGUUUAUAGAGUUAAAGUAACUCAUAGAAUUCCAAGAACUUUGGGUGAUAAAAUAAGUUAUCAUGGUACAAUGUUUUGUAGAAAUUGUUUUGAUUUUAUAACUGGUUAUAAAGCUUUACAACCUGGUGAAAAUAAAGAUAAAUAUAAGGGAACAAGAUAUGAAAUGACUGAAGGAAAAUGGUUAACAAGAGUUAUAUUUUUAGAAUCUAUUGCAGGAGUUCCAGGAGCUGUAGCAUCAUUUUUAAGAACUUUAAAUUCUUUAAGAUUAUUAAAAAGAGAUAAAGCAUGGAUUCAAACUUUAAUUGAUGAAGCUUAUAAUGAAAGAAUGCAUUUAUUAACAUUUAUUAAAAUUGGUCAACCUUCAUGGUUUACAAGAACAAUAAUGUAUAUUGGUCAAGGAAUAUUUGCAAAUGCAUUUUUUUUAUGUUAUUUAGCUAAUCCAACUUAUUGUCAUAGAUUUGUUGGUUAUUUAGAAGAAGAAGCUGUUAGAACUUAUACUCAUUUAAUUGAUGAAUUAAAUGAUCCUGAAAAAUUAAAGGGUUUCCAAUCAAUGUUAAUACCAACAAUUGCAGUACAAUAUUGGCCAUCAUUAUCAGAAGAAUCAAGUUUCAAAGAUUUAAUUUUAAGAAUAAGAGCUGAUGAAUCAAAACAUAGAGAAAUUAAUCAUACUUUAGCAAAUUUAAAUCAAAGACAAGAUAGAAAUCCUUUUGCUUUACAAAUUAAAGGUUUAGAUAAACCUCAACCAAAUUAUGGUUUAGAUGUUGUUAGACCAACUGGCUGGGAAAGAAAAGAUUUAGAUCUCUAG